AUGGAGAAGAGGGGACAUGAUCGGAGUGCUGCCAAUCAGGAGGUGUCUGACAAUUCUGAAGGGAAGAACCCUGUGGAGGGUGUCCAGGUCGAGUUUGAAGCCAAGUCAGCUCGAGAUGGCACAUGGUAUGAUGUUGCCGCGUUUCUGUCUCAUAGGUUGUUUGAAUCAGGGGAACCGGAAGUACGGGUUCGUUUUUCUGGAUUUGGAGCAGAGGAAGAUGAAUGGAUCAAUGUUCGUGAAUGUGUGCGACAGCGUUCUCUCCCAUGUGAGGCCACUGAAUGUGUUGCUGUGCUUCCUGGGGACCUCAUUCUUUGCUUUCAGGAAGGUAAAGAGCAGGCUCUCUAUUUUGAUGCCCGUGUCCUUGAUGCCCAAAGGAGAAGGCAUGAUGUAAGAGCAUGCCGAUGUAGAUUUCUUGUUCGCUAUGAUCAUGACUCUUCUGAGGUACUACCACCACUGAGGAAGGUGUGCCGCCGACCAGAAACUGAUUACAGGCUUCAGAUUCUGCAUGCAGCCAGAGCGGCAGCCACCAUGGAUGCUCACACCCCACCCAAAGAGGUCAAAGUGGAGGCGACAUCCAACGAGAAGAGCCCAGCUGAGCAGAAACCCCCGAAGCAGCACAAGAUGAUGGACGUGAACACCGAUGAGGUGUCCAUGGUCUCCAGCGUGGAACAAGAAGUGACACCAGGCAAGACUGUAGCCCCCUUGCCGUCAGCAACACCAGAAACCCGCAAUUCAACUUCAGACGUCGUGAUGAAGGAAGCGGAGGCUUCCUCAGUGGUGGUUGAAGACGAUGACGAAGUACAAGUGGUUGAAAAGAUGAAAGAUGGGGAGUAG